AUGAGCACAAGCAGCGUGGAUCUCGACAUGGACGACACUGACGACGCUGUCGCCCUGGUCCGAGAACCGCCUACUAGGAUGUCAUUCCCUUCAUAUUCAGGACUUCUCAAGCCAAGGAUCACGGGAAGGUGGCAGCCCAAAGCGGCCUGUCUUUGGUGCUCAAAUGAUAUCACGUCAAACCCCACGCCAACGUGCGCAGACGGCUUUGCCAAACUCAGAACGGAGUUCGACCUCAACAAAGCCAGGAUUGCCAUCGACGAAUCUAGGAUUGCUAUCAACAAAGUCAGGAUUGGUUUCAACAAGCCCAGCAACGCCUCUGACGAAACCAAGCGCAGCUUCCGUAAAGACGACGCCGACGUCAACUAA